AUGAGGAGUGGCAGUUCGGAAUUACUACUCGAGCAGCAACAACAAGAGCUACGGUUACGUAAAAUCCGAGAACUGGCUCCAAAAAAGAAAAAUGGCAAUCGGCGCUUUCGUUCGUGGCGGGAACGUGCGCGUUUCUAUGGCACCUCGACACUGGCCUUCUUCUCGGUGACCGCCGGCGCCUCGCUGCUCUUCCUUGUACCGCUCUACGUUGAUCCGGCCAUAUCGACGCUAAGCCACGAUUUUAUUGAGAAUCCAACGCUGUGCACGACAACGCGUCGGGAGGAUCUCGUUGGUAUAUUUAAUUGCUCGUGGAGCUCCUGUCGCGAGGGCUGCACCUCGGACCUAUAUCGCUGCGUUCACAUCUACGUGACGUUCAUUGAGCAGAAUAUCACGAUACCGGCCAAUAUGACCGAUUAUAGCAACUAUACGGCGGACUGGGAGCAAUCCGGUGAGGCCACGCUCCUGGUUAACAUCAAGGGAUGCGGUUAUCCGCCCACGGUGACAUGCAAGGAUUUCAAUGGCUACUAUGGCAUCGAGGGCGCCAUCUUUCCGUGUUUUUAUUCGCGCAAAAAUAAGACAGUGGUCCUAACGUCCUACAACCAUGACAACCAGGUGGCCAUGAUCAUUCACUUCUUUGCGGUGCCCUUUGUGAUAACCGUCAUCUCGUCCAUUGCCCUGUGCAUUAUGCACUGUGACUGCCGCUGCAAGAAGGAUCGCAGCCAUCGAAGGAAUAGGCCUCAAUGCCGAAGGCCGCGCAUCGAAAAUCUCAGUGAUACUUCGAUAUCAACGCGAGUGGAUAUGCUCACGCCUGCUAUUGAAGUCUACAAGCCGCCCCUCUGACACAAGGACGACACUGUGGAGAGCAAUUUAGGGAAUCCAUCGACGAGUAGCGACUUCUAGCAGAACCUGAUAACCAGUCCUGCGGAACUAGCUAAGGAUAAUCUAUUUGUUCUUCCAACAUAGUGUCAACCCAAUCGAAAUUCGAAUGGUGAUAGCUAAGAUAGUGGACCGGAAGUCGUAGCCAAAGGACUCGAGACACUAUCAGAGGCUAGAUAUGUAGUAAGGAGCUGAGCAGGACAGAUGUGAAUCGGAUGAACGAGACACAAAACGAACACAAACAUACACACACAGAUAUAAAUUAAUAAUUGAUCCAACUGAAUAAUUCCUAAGAUUGAUUAAAUUUAGUUACUUUUUAGCGUAAAUGAUUUUUAAACCGAGAGGAAACCAACGCAGGUGGUAAUGAAAUAUAAAUGAAAUCUAGUUCUAAGCUAAUGGAAAUGGCAUAUUAUGUAUGUUUGUAUCUCUGGCCGCGUAUACAAUAUACAUGUGUAUAUGUGUGUCUGUGCGAAUUAUAUAUAUAUAAUAUGGGAAAUUUGGCAAUGUGUACAUUUAGUUAAAACAAAGAAAUCAUUACGGAUAUAAAACAAAAACUAAAAACAGAAAAUGCAAUGAA